CGAGCAAUGUGAUAUGGAAUUGUUCUGGAAUAUCUUCUUUUCUCUAUAACUCUCCUCCACACUGUUAUAUCUAGACCUGACACGCCUCGUGGUAUGAGACUGCAAGAAAACAAGCUGUCAUGAGUAAGAAGUUCAAAUCUCAGGCUUCAAGCAGCCGAGCUGCCACUGGCGCCUUUGGCUCCGGGGCGUUUGGUGCUUUCUCCCAAACAAGUGCAGACAAAGGAGCUGUUCCUUCAUCGUUAUCUUACAUUUUUGAACCGCCGGACUUGUCAUUGAUAUCCCAACCACAUGUGGUUGUUGCGUUCAAAAAUCUGUCGAAGAAAGACAGUAUUACCAAAUCAAAAGCCCUGGAAGAUCUUCUAGAUUUUAUCUGUGGCUCUGAGACCCAAGGAGUGAGGCCGGAAGAAGGCUUUCUAGAAGCUUGGGCUAAAUUAUAUCCUCGCAUCUCUAUAGAUGCAUUGCGGAGGGUUCGUCAGCUUGCUCAUACACUUCAAGGAUACAUAGUGUCAACGACCGGAAAGCCGAUAGCCCGCUUUCUCCCAAGAGUGAUUGGGGCAUGGCUCGCAGGCCUAUACGACAAUGACAAGUUAGCUGUCAAAGCUGCCCAGGACUCAAUCCUUCGUGCUUUCCCUACCGAAGAAAAGAGACAGGCUAUCUGGAAUAUUUACCAAUCGGCAAUCCUUGAAUUUGUGGUUGACGCCGUUGUUCAGCAAACGCCUCUUACCCUGAGCGACGAACGAACCGUUAGCCCCGAUGAGGCGAAAGCGAAGCAUGCACGUGUAGUUGCUACUGCUCUACGAAUCCUCGAUAGGUUAUUAGCCAAAACAUCAUCGGAGAACCUGGAGAAAGAUUCCAGUCUGCUUCAAACGGUAUUUGAGAGUCGUGCCUUGUGGCAAUUUUCGCACCAUGAAGAUCCUUUUGUGCGCCGAUCUUUAUACGAGCUAUGCCAAACAUCUAUUUCUGUGGCCAGCAGUUAUAUUGAAUGGAAGACGAUAAGUGCACAGCUACUCUCAAAAUCUUUGGCUAUCGACCAAUACGGGUCAGCAGCUGCAUUCUCGAAUGUUUUACUGGCUUUGACACGAUCCAACCCCCAAGUAUGGACUAUUUCCUAUUCCGGAAAGACCGCUGCUUCAAAACGGCUCCUCCAAUACAUUAAAAAAGGUUCUCAAGGUGCUCCUCCUUUGUUUUGGCAGAAUCUCCAGGAUUUGGUUCAGAUUAUUCCAAUAGAGGUUAUAAUUGCGGGGUCUCAAGAUAUGAAGACCAAAUUGGAGUCUGCCUCUUCGGUCAUGGAGGCAUUCCUUGACGGCAUUUCACAUAGAGAGGAGCCGCGGUCAAACCUGUUCGCUGCCUGGUCCUCGUAUAUUCGGACCAGUCUCUGGGUUUUUGGGAGGAUAGAAGACCCAGAUUGUCGCCUGAGUUUUAUGCAAAGCUGUAUCUUUCCACUCGUGGAGCAUUACGUUUUUUCUCCACCGGACCAGUCGAAGUGGAUCAUCCAAGAUGACGCCGCAGCCGGCCUCUGUGCGGAAUGCGUUGUUUCCGCUGCCAAAUCUACCGACCAUGAUGUAAUCUGCAAAUUGUGGGCAGGUCUAUCCGCCUCGCUCUCUGAAAAUAUAAAAUUAUCUGCACCAGAACAAUCCCAAAAUUAUCAGACCUCUCAAAAUUCGAUAUGUCUACAAUCCAGUCGAUUGUUUGGCCUGGAAUCUCAAGUUGUGGAUAAACUCAACGGACUCGAUGAUCUCUCGUUCGUCUCGAAGGUUCUCCAUGAUACGACUCUUGAUCUAUUCCAGACUGCAUUGCAAAUUCUGAAGUCCCGUAAAGGAAAACCUUACGGUGCCGCUGCAGUUAUUCAGGAGGCUAUUGCAAAAGUUCCACAAUUUAUAACAGACACAGAUACUCUGCGUUCACUUUUAACUGAAGAUAUCCCUAGCCUUGUGUCGUCGCCGUCUUCGUAUCAAUUGGUUUCUGUUCUCUUUGCAUGUCGAAACCAUGAACAAUUCCAAUUCGCCCUGAAGAAUUUAGUGGAUGCUCUUCAGACAUCAACCUUGGAUGCAGGUACAUUGCCAGGGCUGCGAGUGUUAUUUUCUUCCGCCACUGUAGAGGAUCUGAAUUUCCAUCCUCAAUUGGAAACCUUAACUAUGGGGAGACUGGAUCCAGCUCUUAACGGCGACAAGGAAGCCUGGGACGAUAUUGUUGUAAUCCUUGAUAAUGAUGCUUUCUCCGCCGGAAUCGCCAAUCGUAUCUUGAACCGUCUGGUGGAGAGCUUGUCGGUAGACAUCGUUGUGAUUGAAGUACUUCGUUCCCUCACAAAAAUCGUCAACAUGGAUUCAACCAAGGCUUUUGUCACUGGCCCAGGAGGCUCCAAACUGAUAUCUAAACUGCUAUUCCUUUCGGAAUCUGAUAACGAAGAAGUCGCGCAGCUCGCGGAUUCUGUUCAGUCGACUAUAACCUCAUUAACCGGAGGGAAAGCUGCGUCCAAACCAACGGUGGACAUCAUUCAGAGCAGCUUUAAUGAUGUCGGGAAAGAAUCGUUAUCCGUCGACACGUUAGCUACGAUUGCCGAAGAACUCUUGCAGAUUACUCAUGAAGAAGGAGGCCUAAGUAUAUCAAGCUUAUUUCCCAGUGAACAGCAAUGGUCAGCCGCCUUGCAGCCAUUUCUACAAACUCCGCCUCCACCGUCUCUCUCCAUAAUGAGUCCGCUUGGUGGCGCAGUAUUUCUUGUAGAAAGACCAAACGAAGAAGGCGAUUCCUCAUCAGUGCCUCGUGACUCAAAUCAGCUCACUUUAGCAGCUCGAUUGGCACUAUAUGUUACGAAAAUCCUUGAUUCAACCAAGCUGGAUGACAUGGAACCUGAACUGCAGACAACGCUAUUCUUGUACCUCCCACUUGUGGUUCAACUAAUUGACGACGAUUUGAAUGUGGAGGGUUCCACCGGAGUCUUGCCUCUGCACACUCCAGAAACCCGGGAUAUCUUUGCUAGUCUUGUUUCUGAAGCUAGACAUAUUAUAAAUCAGUGGGUGUUGGCACUGGAUGUUUCUAUGCCCCUAUCAGACAGUCAAGCGAGCACGAACGUUGUCGCCUUUUGGCAGAGCAAAUUGGAGGAGCUACAGGGUAAUACGCCUAGUGUGUAUCGAUUCGCAGACAUGUACACUAGGAUUUUGUCGGAAAGAGACGCUUUGGGGAAAACUACUUUCGCUGAAUCUUCUCUAGAGCUUUCGCAGAGACUCCAUAGCUCCUCCAACCCUUUCAUUAUGAUUGCCGUUGUCACAGCCUUUAAAACAUCUCUCACUGCCUCGCCUACAGUUGCUAAUCUCUGCAACCGCCUCGUUGCGCAAGCCACUGGGCUUGUGGAGUUGCCUGAAAUUGAAGGUCUCCAUAAGUUAACUACACUUAACGCUUUAACGCAGGGGGAUGGUAAAUUCGUCGCAAAUAUCCCAACUCAAAGAUUGGUCUUCCUCGUGAAACAUCUGAUUACAUGCCUGCAAUCAGGACGAUUAUCCCUGAAGCUGGAAACGGAAGUCCUGAAGACCUUGACCACUGUAUUGCCGCAUAUUAAAGAGAUAUAUGGGUCCCAUUGGACCGAUAUAUUUGUGCUCCUCGAGUCAUUAUGGCAAAGCAGCAAGGAGUCUGACGAAUACCUUCCAGCGUUACAUGCAUCGUUCCGUCUGUUCGCCUGCGUUAGAGAUCUAGCAACAGGCGAGAGUAAUGACGACCUUGAAGAUGCAUGGGCCGAAUCGCAAAAGGGCCUUGCGGAAGUAUUGAUCGGACUCCUCUCUGCAUUUGAUCCGUCGUUCUAUCCCGACAUGCCAUGGAGCAUAACGAUUGAUCUUCUUGACUGGCAAAUAAGGCAGAUCAACGUUGACCAUGUCCAGGACGUGACCGGCCUGUUCGCCACGCUUUCAAUCCAAAGUAAAGGUGUUCAGCGGGCAGUCUAUGAUGUUUUGCAUCGGAUUAUCCCUAAAUCGCAGGAAGCACUGUCUUUCGAUGUUGCUUUAUCUGAUGCUGUAGCCAAUCUUCCCGAUGAGCUAAUUUCGCUUCUUCUUGACGCUCCGUCUGCGAGUAUUCUGUCCGAUUAUUCCAUUCAGGAUGACAUUUGGAUGAGCAUUCGUUGCUACCUGUUGAGUUGGAAGACAGUUUUUGACCAUUUCGCCUUUUCGUCUUUACCUGUUCAAGAGAGCUACUCCGCCAAUAUUAAAAAAAACAAUUGCCUAAACCCACUACUAGACUUCACAUUUGACUUCUUACAGUUGGCGCAAGGGAAGCUCGUUGAUGCGUCCAAGUUUAAUGUUCGCUCGUUCGAGUUGGAUGAAUCGGAAUCGCCAGAGAAAGAAAUACAGUGGCUGCUAACUCAUAUCUACUACCUCUGCUUGAGAUAUUUACCCAACCUGACGAAAAACUGGUGGUUAUACAGUCAAAAUCGCGUAAAGGGACCAGUGGAGGCGUGGACACAAAAAUAUAUUUCUCCUGUGGUGAUAGAGGACUCGCUUCGAAGUGUGAUGGAAUGGCACAGUGCUCAAGAUUGGACCAACGAGGAGCAAGCACUCCAAGUUAGAGUGUCUUACAAGGCCGCCGAAAUCGUGGCAAGUAUCGAAAUAGACGAGGAAUCUCCCACGACAUCGAUAUCGAUUUCUUUGCCGCCUACAUACCCGCUGCUACAGGCCCUAGUGGUCGGUGGCUCUCGCGUAGCGGUCGACGACAAGAAAUGGAAGAGCUGGCUAUUGGCCAUUCAAGGUGUCAUCAUGUUCUCCAACGGCAACCUAGUCGAUGCUUUGCUUGCCUUCCGGAAGAAUGUCCAGGGCGCUUUGAAAGGUCAAGGAGAAUGUGCAAUCUGCUAUUCGGUCAUUUCAACGAAUAUGGAAACGCCGAAUAAGAAAUGCGCAACGUGUAAGAACACGUUCCACUCAGACUGUCUGUUCCGGUGGUUUAGGAGUAGCAACUCAAGCAGCUGCCCAUUGUGCAGGAACAAUUUCCUUUACUCGUAAAUGGAUAGAUGGGUGGGGAUUGGUUGCAUUUGGAGGUCAUAUGGGUGUUACAAGCAUGACGGCUGAUUAGACGUUAGAAAUCGGGAAAUGAAAAGCAAUGGUUCUCAGGAUCUUAGCAUUCAUGAUU